AGUAGUAGUGGUAGUAGUGGUAAUAGUGAUAAUAGUAGUAGUAGUAGUAGUAGUAGUAGUAGUAGUAGUAGUAGUAGUAGUAGUAGUAGUAGUAGUAGUUGUAAUAGUAGACGAAGAAGAGAGUACGAAAGACGUCAUGCAGAAGAACGAGCAGCAGCAGAAAAAGAAGACGACAGACAGACGAGAACGAAGAAGAACCGACAGAAGACAAAAGAAAAGAACAAGACGAAGAAGAAAAAGACGAAGACAAAGAAGAAGGAGAAUAAGAGAAGAAAGAAGAAGAAAAGACGCAGGACGAAGGACACAGAUCGGCCACACAAAAUCAUUGUAAGUGCCACGUGCAUCUGUCAGCGAAAAGAUCUUUAG